AGAAAAAGAGAGACGAAGACAGAGAGAGAGCUCUGUUCCGCCCUUUCUUCCAAAAUCCCACAAAAUUCUAGAGAGAGAAACGAGCCAAAACGCGUUCCAGGUUCAGCUCACCUCUCCGCUCCUCUCUCUACUCCUUCCAAUCGGCAAAAUGGCGGUGUUUAGGGUUUUGAGGCUGCUUUGAGUUGAAGGAAACUCCCAAAAGCAGGAUCUCCAUGGAAAUGCCCGGUCGAAGAUCCAACUACAGUCUCCUCAGUCAGUACCCGGACGACCAGCUAUCGGCGGGGACGCCGCCGCCGCCGUACUAUGACUCGUUCUCUAGCGACUCCAAGAGCGGCAGGAUUAAGUCGGAUAGAGAUAGAGGCUUCGAUUGGGAAGCCGGCGGCGGUGAUCACAGGCUGAAUCAGCCGGCCAAUAACAACAACAGCAACGGCAACAGUAAUCGGGGUAAUCUGAACUUGUAUUCGUCGAUCGGGCUGCAGCGGCAGUCCAGCGGGAGCAGCUUCGGGGAGAGCUCGCUGUCUGGAGAGUAUUAUGCGGCGCCGCUGUCGACGGGCGGCGGCAACGAGAUUGAGCCUUAUGGGUACGCGACAAGAGGGAUGGACGCCGCCGCGGGGAUGACGACGGGACCGGGUUCGUCGGGGAAGAGCUGGGCGCAGCAGACGGAGGAGAGCUACCAGCUCCAGCUGGCGUUGGCACUUAGGUUAUCAUCGGAGGCGACUUGUGCCGAUGACCCGAAUUUUUUGGAUCCAGUGCCGGAUGAAUCGGCUUCCCGGUCUUCCAGCUCCAACUCCGCGGAGACCUUGUCUCAUCGAUUUUGGGUAUUUACCAGUUUCUCUUAAUCUUUCUUUCGAGGAACUUCGUCUGGGUGUUAGGUCAUGAAAUUCAUUGAACGUUAGAGGUAAGAGAACUGUGCAUGCGCAUUUUCUAACCCUAGCAGUUAGUUGGUGUGUCAUGACUCAUGAGUGUUAUUUCAUAUGCGUAUUUCAGCAGCUGAGUGGGUAGCAACAUAUUGGAUUGUAAAUGGUUGCUUAUCAUACUUUGAUAAGAUCCCAGAUGGAUUUUACCUCAUUUCUGGGAUGGAUCCAUAUGUAUGGUCUAUGUGUACUGAUUUUCAAGAGAAUGGUCGUAUUCCAUCCUUUGAAACACUAAAGUUGGCUGAUCCUACCGCCGACACUUCAUUGGAAGUGGCGUUGAUUGAUCGGCGUAGUGAUCCGACCUUGAAAGAGCUUCAAACCAGGGUCCACAAUAUAUCUUGCAACUCUAUAACAACAAAAGAGGUUGUUAAUCAACUGGCCAAUCUUGUGUGCAAUCGCAUGGGGGGUUCAGCCACUACUGGUGAAGAUGAAUUCUUUUCUACAUGGAUGGAGUGCAAUGAUGAUCUAAAAGAUCGUUUGGGAUCAAUUGUUGUCCCAAUAGGCAGCUUGUCUAUUGGCCUCUGCAGACACCGGACAUUACUAUUCAAAGUUCUUGCUGAUGCAAUAGAUUUACCAUGUCGAAUUGCGAAAGGCUGCAAAUAUUGUAAAAGAGAUGAUGCUUCUUCCUGUCUUGUUCGAUUUGGCCCUGACAGGGAGUAUCUAGUUGACUUGGUAGGAAAGCCAGGUCUUUUAUUUGAGCCCGAUUCAUUGAUCAAUGGUCCUUCUUCCAUCUCAAUAUCUUCACCAUUGCGCUUCCCCCGGACCAAAUCAGCUGAACAUGCCAUUGAUUUUAGGUCACUGGCCAAACAGUACUUCGCAGACUGUCAGUCACUGAAUAUUGUGUUUGAUGAUACUUCAGCAGGAAUUACUACCAGUGCUGAAGAAGACCAUAAGUUCCCUAACAACAAUGAAGCUUCUCAACCCCUUCUGCCCCCUCGAGCUACCCGGACUGGUGGCCAGGAUAGGAGUCUGCAACCACCAAAAGUCUAUAACCCAGCCCAAAGCAAACAACCGUCAAACAUGCUCAAAGAUCAUACCCCAAUUAAGCAUGUACCUCCCACUGUGCAACAUCUUCUGUCUGUAUCGAGUUCCGAUGCAAGGUUUUCUGAAGGUAGUCAAUUAAUUUCUGGUAGACCAAGUAAAGAUCUAUCCCUUGAGGCGGAGGAAUUCGACAUCCCAUGGACUGAUCUUGUUUUGAAAGAGAGAAUUGGAGCAGGUUCUUUUGGAACUGUCCAUCGUGCUGACUGGCAUGGCUCAGAUGUUGCUGUGAAAAUUCUCAUGGAACAAGAAUUUCAUGCGGAACGCUUCAAAGAAUUCUUGCGAGAGGUUGCAAUAAUGAAGCGCCUAAGACAUCCAAAUAUAGUUCUAUUCAUGGGUGCUGUUACUAAGCCACCAAACCUGUCCAUUGUGACAGAAUACUUAUCAAGAGGUAGCCUGUACAGGUUGCUGCACAAGUCUGGUGCAAGGGAGGCCUUGGAUGAAAGGCGUCGGUGGAAUAUGGCAUAUGAUGUGGCAAAGGGAAUGAAUUACCUUCACAAGCGCAAUCCUCCUAUUGUUCACCGAGAUUUGAAAUCUCCAAAUUUAUUGGUCGAUAAGAAGUAUACUGUGAAGGUUUGCGAUUUUGGCCUCUCUCGCUUGAAAGCAAAUACAUUUCUUUCAUCAAAGUCGGCUGCAGGGACGCCUGAGUGGAUGGCCCCUGAAGUCCUGCGUGACGAACCGUCAAACGAGAAGUCCGACGUGUACAGCUUUGGCGUAAUUUUAUGGGAGCUGGCAACAAUGCAACAACCCUGGGGCAAUUUAAAUCCCGCACAGGUUGUGGCAGCAGUUGGUUUCAAAUGCAAAAGGCUUGAGAUCCCCCGCGAUGUAAAUCCUCAAGUAGCAAACCUCAUUGAGGCUUGCUGGGCCAAUGAGCCAUGGAAACGUCCUUCCUUCGCCAACAUCAUGGAAUCGUUAAGGCCAUUGAUCAAACCUCCGACGACUCCUCAAGCUGGUCGUCCAGACAUGGCCUUACUUCCCUGAGGCGGCAGCAGCAGUCAGAUAUUUAUGCACAUAAUACAGAGCAUUCUUUUCCCGAAAUUUUGAUAACCGCACAGAGGCAAGCACCUGGUAGAUAGUGCUUUCUCAGGGACUAUUGUUGUAUAUGUCUUGUGUCGUCCAGAGUUCCCAGUUUCAACUGAUUGCGCUGCUUUGCUUUCGCCCCAUGCUUCUGCGACGGAGAUUUUGCUCGAAAGAAAUGUGUCCUUUCCAAUCGAUGAUGUUGGUAAAAAAAGGUCGUCGUGUAAAGUCGUCCACCUCUCAUAAUUUUGUACCUAGAACGAUGAAAAUGGGAACCCAAACCAUAACACUUCAAAAUGUUAGUCUUAAUGAGAAGCAGCUUCUUCGGUUCGUAGUAGUUUAUCGUUCUUGUGAUCUUAUCCGACCCGGAAUAUAAGAACAGAGAAACUCAGAAUCGACGUUUAUGUCAAUCUUGUUUACUGAGG